GAGGAGGUGAAGGGAGAAAACAACCUAUUUUCAAUACAUUCCUAGGAGAUCUGGGGCCUGGCCAGGUUGCCCCUGGUUUAGGAAUUUGAUAUCUUUGGGAACUCCUCUGGGAAAAGUCCUAGAUGGUUUCUUGAAUGCUGGGAUCCUUGGGGUGGGAAGCUGUAGAUGGGGACCAAACAGUGGUCCCCCAGGGCCCUUAAGGAGCUGGGGAAUGGCCCAGAGGAGCCUUCAACAGGCUGGCUGCUCUAGGGGAGCAGAUAGACUCCCAGGCAUAUGGUACCAUUCUCCCCUCCACCCCAUGCCAUAACCCUGCCCUGUCCAGCCAGCUGGGAAGGUUUGGGGGACUCUGAGGAAUUGGGAAUGCUGGAUGCCUGGAUCUCUAAAAUGUGUUCAUUGUAGCAUGAUGGGGUGGUCGGGCAAGGGUGCUGGGUUCUUGCCUUUGCCCCUUCUCUUCUCCUGACCCAGUGGCAGUAGAGAUCUACUGUAACUGGAAGGGAAAGGAAGUCAUCCACCCCCCAAUGUAGUCCCUUCCCAACUGGAACUAUUGGCAGCUUGAGAGGUAGGGGGCUGGGAAGCAGCAGAAGGGAAGGGGGAACUAUAAGAUGUGCUGGGGGCUGGAAUUCUCUUGUCAUUAGCCCUCAAAGGACUGGAGGUUGGGGUCUAGGUAUAUGGUGACAGAAUAGCAGAAGCUUCUCCCCCUCUAUCCUGUUCCCAUAUACCGAUCAAAGCCAUGCAUGCCCCGCAGGGGUUUGAAUCUUGCUCUGAUCAAAUCUCUCCUCCCUGGUCCUACAUUCUUUUUCUCUAGAUGGCCUCUGUGUCCCUCUGCCUCUUUGGAGUUCUCCCUAAUCUUUCUAAAUAGGCUGCUCACCUGUCACUCCAUACUCCAAGUUUCCUGAUCCCUCCAUAUCCUUUCACUGCCUCUAUUGACACGUGGAGUGGUAGAGUAGUCUGAUAAGCCUCCAAACAGGGACCCCAAAGCAGCCUGCUCUCUACCACUUUUCCUAGUCAGGAAAUUAGAGUACCAGGGCAGCAGUUGAAGCUGAAUGCCUUCCUCUCUCUAGCAUCCUUCUCCAAAUGAUCCUCAUACUGUAUCUGUAAGCGAUAAAGCUCCAGUACCCUUCUGUGGGUCCUUAGGGAUUGUGAUCAAGCCAUUCUGGGUAGGAUUGUCUGGAUAAGAAGGAGGAGGAUGGAUGCCAGUCCCUGGAGAUUGCUCCAGUCUUACCUGAUCCAAGAUGUUGGAAAGUAAAAGAAGGAACAGACCAAUCCAGUGGGAGUAAGAUAGCUGUGUGACCUCAAAGUGCAGGCUAAACAGGAAAGUGGGAACUCUUUAUUGUAAAAGAAGAGAGACACUGGGAGAUUUCUGUUAGAUCAGCUCCUCCCAGACACGCUCCUCUUUCCCAGUACCUCCCUAGUUCCUGCACCCUCUGUGAUGUUCUGUUUGAUCCCAUUCUGACUUCACCCUCCUUUCUGAUCUAUUCCACUGGCUGCCAGUCCCCUGUCCUCUUAAAUGUAGUCUCCUAAGAGCCAAAGGGGCGACGCUGGUGGUGUAGUGGUUAAGUGCUACAGCUGCUAACCAAAAGGUUGGCAGUUCGAAUCCACCAGAAGCUCCUCGGAAACCCUAUGGGGCAAUUCUACCCUGUCUUAUAGGGUCACUAUGAGUUGGAGUCGACUUGAUGACAACAGGUUUGGUUUUGGUUUUAAGACCCAAAGGGCCCUAUGCUUGGUGUGUAGAUCACGACCCAUCCCUGAGCAUCUAGGGAAAAACAAACUGCUCCCCCUUUGACCUGGUGUGAACUUGCUACUGCACCAAAACCUGGUUGGAGCUGAUCAGGAGGCUCCCCUCAACUCCCCUCCCCUGCCUUUUCCCUUCCCUUGCUCCCCUUCUAAGUUCUCAGUUCCCUCACAGGGACAGAGGGAGACUGAGCUCCUGGGCUUAAUGAGAAGGGGAUGAUAUUUAGCCUCAGAGACUGGGGCAACCUGGAGCCCAGCCUUGCCUGGGUCAAAGUUUGGAAGCUAGAGGAAGCCUGGAGAUCAUUUACAGGACUCCUUUCUGGCUUUGUGAUCUUUUCUGUGAAUCCAUACGUUUGGACCUGUUCAUUGUUUCUCAAGGUGUUAAAUGCUGAUUCCUGGUACAAGUGCCUGUGGAUUUGAGUCAGUAGGUCUGGGCAAUCUCCAAGAAUCUUUUUAUAAGUACCCUGGGGGGAAAGUGGCAUACACUAAAGUAUGUGACUCCCUGGGGUACUUGCAGUCUACUGCCUCAUAUACCAGUGAGGUUCUCUAGUCUUGUCUCCAUUUAACUGAAGAGACUGACAGAGGAGGCUCCAAAAAUGUGAAGCAAUUUACCCAAGGUCAUGCAUCUGGAGAGCCAGAGAAUGUGGUCCCCUGCCUCCUAGGGCAGAAUCUUUGUACUGCACCUUAGAGUCAGAUCCAGGAAGAUAGAGGGAGGGACAAAGGGGGGAGGUGAAGGACUGUGAGGCAAGAGUCAAUGUCCCUGCCCCCCAACUCCGUUCUCCAUUCACUUUGCCUUUGGGCAAUUUCCGCCAGAACCUGGGUGGGGAGGGUGGGGUUCCGGUGUUGAAAUGGCAUCCUGGACAGAUAUAAACACCCCACCCACUCUGCAUACUGGCCACCAACUCCCAGCUCUGGGGAUGGCAAUUUAACAAGGGGACGGGGGCAAGAGCUGGGAGAUCCUCUUUCAAAAAGAUAAUUUGUAGUUCUCAAUAGUUUUGUGGUAAAUCAGAGUGGAUUCCAUAUUAAACCGUUGUGAUGCGCCAUCCUUGUGGUAGUCUACGGUCAUAUAAUUUGAGGUCAUCCAGUCCUAUUCAAUGUCCUUCUACAAGUUCCCCCACCUACCCCAGCCUGGUUACCUUUACUUAUAUGGGUGGGUGGGCAAGGCUAUGGGGUCUGGCCCUGAGACAUCAGGAGGCCCCUUCCAAAGCUUCUGGGAAUCCCUUGUGCAAGGCAAGGAGAACAGAUGCAGGGAGAGUUGGGGUCAAGGGACAGAGAGGUAGAAUAAGGAGAGGCACUGACAGAAGGCGAAGGCAGGGGUGAGAAGUUGCUGAGAACUUUAAGCUGUCCACGCAGAAAGGGACCUCUGAGUACAGCUUGUCCAACUCCCUCAUUUUACAAAUGAGGAAACAGAGGCCCAGAGAAGUGAGAUGACUUGCCCAACAUCACACUGCUGCUUUGUGGCAGACCUGCAGCUAGAGCCUAGAUCAAAAGAAAAGGGGCUGGGUGGGAGUGGAGGAUAUAUUCAAGGCUCUAAAGAGAUAUUCCCCAGAAGAGAAAAGAGACUGAGACUCCACAAAGAGAACUGAUUGGUGUAGACCACAAAUAAAGGCAUGGAGUACAGAGACACAGAAACAGCAUGGGAAGUCAUCUGUUGCUGGGGGCCGUUUGGGCUUUGGAGGAACCUGAACUAGGCCCCGGGCCAGUAGGAUGCCCCCUUGUCCUCCCCAGCACAGCAGGAACAGGGUGACACAGCUGCCUACUCCGGAUCUGGGCGAGAUGGAACUGACUUGGCAAGAGAUCAUGUCCAUCACUGAGCUGCAGGGCCUAAACACUCCAAGUGAGCCAUCGUUUGAGUCCCCAGCCUCAGCCCCAUACCCUGGGCCCCCACAACCCCCAGCUUACUGCCCCUGCUCAAUUCACCCCGAUGCUGGCUUUCCCCUUCCUCCACCACCCUAUGAGCUCCCAGCACCCACAUCCCAUGUACAAGAUUCCCCAUACUCCUAUGGCAACAUGGCCAUACCAGUCUCCAAGCCACUGACCCUCUCAGGCCUGCUCAGUGAACCCCUCUCAGACCCCUUGGCCCUCCUGGACAUUGGGCUGCCUGCGGGGACUCCCAAGCCCCAAGAAGACCCAGAAUCAGACUCGGGAUUAUCCCUCAACUAUAGUGAUGCUGAAUCUCUUGAGCUGGAGGGGACAGAGGCUGGACGGCGGCGCAACGACUAUGUAGAGAUGUACCCAGUGGAGUACCCCUACUCACUUAUGCCAAACUCCUUGGCCCAUCCCAAUUACUCCUUGCCACCUACUGAGACCCCCCUGGCCUUAGAGCCCUCCUCAGGCCCUGUGCGGGCCAAGCCUACUGCACGGGGAGAGGCAGGGAGCCGGGAUGAGCGUAGGGCCCUGGCCAUGAAGAUCCCCUUUCCCACGGACAAGAUUGUCAACUUGCCGGUAGAUGACUUUAAUGAGUUGUUGGCACGGUACCCACUGACUGAGAGCCAGCUGGCACUAGUCAGGGACAUCCGACGGCGGGGCAAGAACAAGGUGGCCGCCCAAAACUGCCGCAAGAGAAAGCUGGAGACCAUCGUGCAGCUGGAGCGGGAACUGGAGCGGCUGGGCAGUGAGCGGGAGAGGCUUCUUCGGGCCCGUGGGGAGGCAGACCGGACACUGGAUGCCAUGCGCCAACAGCUGACCCAGCUGUAUCAGGACAUUUUCCAGCACCUGCGGGACGGAGCAGGCAACAGCUACUCCCCUGAGGAGUAUGCAUUGCAACAGGCUGCUGAUGGGGCCAUCUUCCUGGUGCCCCGGGGAACCAAGACGGAGGCCACAGACUGACCUGACCCAGAAGGGUGGGACUGGUAAUGAGGAUUUCUUUCAUUCUCCUCUGAUAAAGGUACUCUCUAACCCUGAGCCUGGAAGAAACUGAGUUUUCUAGACUAGAGUGGACAAUGGGCACACCUGGCAUUUAGAGGCUCUAGGGUGUGUUCUCGUAGACUCAUAGCGACCCCUAUAGGGUCGCUAUGAGUCAGAAUCAACUUGAUGGCACUGGGUUUGUUUUUUUGUUUAGGGUGUGUUCACCUUGAGGCCAGUAUGUGAGGGGAGGCUGGAAACGCUCUUCUGUGACUCAGUUUCCCAGGUUUCCAUCCUCCAGGUCUUGUCUAACAUUUGGUCUAUAAAGUGCUCUGCAGAAAUAUACUUCCGUGUGUCUUUCUUCUCUAGGGAGGGUGAUGAAGCUGAGCACCCCUUGGAGUUUACUGCUUGUUGGGGUGGGAAGGGAUCCUGCCAAGCUCAUUUCUCUCACCUGUGAGCUCUGUUUGGGAGAAAGAGAGGGGGUGUCAAAUGAGGAGAGAAGUACACACAAAAUUUGGCCUCAAGCGGUAUGAAGCUCUGUCACUUUCAUCUCCCUUUUCAGAGCCAAGGAGAAUGAUCUAAGGAACCCCACACUCCCUGGUGGUCCCCUAUUUAUAAAGCUAGGAGAGUUGCCAAAGCUGGGUACACUCUCUGCAAGGGCUCUGGGGUUUAGGUUUGCUCCUCUCAAUUCUUAGAGCACAAGAAAGUCUAUAAUGCCUUUCAUCUGUUCUUACCCUCCCCACUUUUCUAACACUUUCUCAGAAGACUGAGUGAGCUGCUCUGGAUUGAAAUGAGAAUUUGAUCAGAAACCAAGUUUCUGAGGAUUUCACACCCAGGCCUUGGUGAAACCGGCUUCACAAUGGAGUAUAAUAUCCAUUCCUGUGAAGUUUUCUCUCUGGUUACGUUAGACAAACACUACCUAAUUCUUGCUUUGAACUCCCUUUUCUAGAUCCUUGAAGAUGUGCCUUUUAUUAAUUUGGAAAGAGAAUACAAUUGAUUUGGAUUGCUUAGUCAUAUCAAUCAAAAUCAAUUCUCCCUGAUACCACACCUCCUCCUUGCUUGGAGUUGGGUGGUUUCCAAUCUUCCCAAUCACUGAACCUCUUCAGAGUAUUUUACUUCUACGUUUCUAUUCAAUUUUACUAGCUCCAUCGUAGCAGGGAAACCUUACUUCAAAGUUUCUUGAUACAGACAUCACAGAUGUUGAGACCAAAAAGCAUAGAAAUGAUUAAGGGAGAUGUGAUAUCUCCACGUCUGCAAAUUCUGAAAACACACGGUCUGGGUUUAAUAGCAACUUGAAGUUUCUAGUAGAUUUGAAGACUUCAAUGUUCAGGCAACUUACCAACUUAUGUUCUCUCAAAAAUUCAAAAUGUGGGAUCAUGCUGUGAAGGAUAGCACUUGGGACCAGCAGUUCAGAAAUUAUUAGUUCAUCUCACCUAAGGGACAUCAGAUACUCAGGGUUGAUUUUUAUUGUAACCAAGCUCACAAUGGGUUGUAAUUCAAAGGCAAAUUUAGGCAUUCAUUCAACAAAUAUUGAGUAAGCUGUAGUUAGCUAUUUUAAUAAUUAGAGAUACAGUGAAGAGGAGAAACAAUGCCCUGUUCUCAUGGAGAUCACAUUUAUAUACAGGUAGUCCCCGACUUGUUCCAUUCUGAUGACUCAGUCAUUAAGUCGAAUAGCUCAGUUUUUUUGGCAUUCAUUAUUGCCUUUUAUUAUCAGUAUCUUUACAAAUCAUAACAUUGAACAUCUUCAAGUGAACAUCUGAGAAUAACAGCAAAUUACAUUCUGCUACAUUGUAUAUGGUAUACACUACUAAAUAUAAGAUAUAAAAAAAAUCCUGUGUGGUUCACCAUAAACACAUCUUAAGCUGGGGACUACGUGUACCACACAUACAAUCUGGCCUAGCUGUAGUUUGAUAUGCACUGACCUAAAACAAAAAGUAGAACAUGGCUUUAGAGCCAGAGGGACCUGGGUUUUGUGAUCCAGUGGUUGCUGAAACUUAGACAAGUCUAUUUCCUUAUGUAUAAAAUAUAGAAUUUUCCUUUAGUAAUCUUAAGUGUAAGCAGCCCUGGUGGUACAGUGCUUAAGCACUCUGCUAACCAAAAGGUCAGUGGUUCAAAACCACAGGGGAUAUGGCAGUCUACUUCAGUAAAGAUUAGUCAUUGCCUUCAGGCUAAUUCUGACUCAGUGACCCAAUAGAGCAGAAGUACCCCAUAGGGUUUCCAAGGCUGUAAUCUUUACAGGAGAAAACCACCAAACCUUUCUCCUGCUGAGCAGCUGGUGGGUUCAAACUGCCUACCUUUUGGUUAGCAGCCAAGUGCUUGCUUAACCACUGCACCACCAGGGCUUCUCCCUGUAAAGACUAUACAGCUUUGAAAACUCUAUGGGGCAGUUCUGUCCUAUAAGGUCACUGAGUCAGAAUCCACCCAAGCCAACAGGUUUUUUUGUGUAAAGCAUGAAGUAUAGGGAGUGUAACUGGAUAGUAACAAACUUCCAAGUUUCAGAAAACUCAUGCAGUCAUCUGUUAACAUGCUCAGUUGGUAACUGAAAGGAUGAAGGCUUGAGUACACCCAGAGGAGCCUCAGGAGAAAGGCCUGGCAAUGCACUUUAAAUUCAACCUACACAGCACAGGUCUACUUUGAUACACAAGCAGGACACCAUGAGUAGGAAGUGGCUCAAGGGCAACUGGUGUUUGGUGGCUUAGAGUUGCUCUAUCCCUCCAAAAAGCCUAGAUUGCCCAAAAUAGAAGCCUCUUGUAAAAAACAUUAACAGUUAAAAUCGUAGAUUCUUAUCAGAAUCCCAGCAUUAAGACUGCUGUUUCCUGAUACCUAAGGGAAGCAACUUCUUGAAAUCUUGAAUGAGCAACACCAGUCUUCACCAAGAUCUCUGUAGCAAACUUGUUGGAAACAUGUAAGACCUGAGAUCCCUGAAAUCACUCAAGUGGUAUGGGGCUCAUGAACAACAUAAUCCUAUACAGGGGGUAUGUCACAUUAGCAUAGAGGCAAAUCUGCCCCCCGCCCCGACCCCUUAUAAUCACAAGAGAACCUAGCUUUUGCUAGUUUAAAAUUGAGGCUGGAUGACCCUUUCUUGAAGGUGGUAAGCAACUGCAUUUAAAAUGAUUACCUUAGAGAAACUAAGGUUUCUCUUCUACAGUCCGCUCAUCCCCUUAAGGCUCUGAAACAGCUGGCCAAUAAAUACAGUUUGUUCACUAUGAUGAGACCCAUUAUACCCCUCCAGAACUUAACAGCUUAUAAGCAAAACUCCCAGAAGAGACUCACUGACGCUCAAUGACAGCUGUUAGCUUGUUUUAUAACUUGUUCUUCCAUUGCCAGGGGAGCUAACAAAGUAACAUGCUCAAGUGGAGCAAGACAGUUAACGGCUUACUUAUACUGGGCCAAGGUCCUCCUACAGUUGGAGCUGGUUUCCCUACUUUCACUAAAACCAUGAUGUGCGAUGGGACAAACUAAUUUUAAGGCUCCAAAGAAGCACCAGUAAGGAGUAGGGGCACAGGGGCUUUGACUGUUAAACAAGACUAAUUAUCAUGCCCAAACUUGAAAUGGGAAAUAAUGUGCAGCAUCUCAUUUGCCAUAAACAGAAAAAAGAGAAACAGACAUGGAACAAAAUUGAAGGCAAUUUAUUAAAAAUCCAUUCACAAAACUGAAUGACUUCAACUGCAUAGCAGCUAACAUGAACUGCAUGGCAGUGAGAAUGAAGGGCACAGUAGCUCAGAUAAAGGCUGUCCUCACAAGGAUGUUCCUGCAAAAGGAGAAAAUGUCAUUAAGCACUUACAUAAGCAGAGCUAAGGAAUUCCACAACUCCAUUCUCUUUCCUGGAAAUAUAGUUUUACUAUACGACCAGAUUAUGAAAGCAUUCUUGGGUCUGAAAGGCAGUUUACCAUUCUUACUUCACACUAUGGAAGUACUGAGAUUAAAAAAAAAAAAAACAAAAAAAAAAACUUACCUUUUAGCUUGGACAGAA